UGAUGGGGUUGUAAAUCCGAUAAAUUUUGGUAGAGUUUUGAUUCAUGCACAAUUCACUUUCUUUUCCACCUCAUUCUCACUCCCUUUUUUUACCAAACAACAUUAAUCUUUCUCUCUAAUCAUCUUCUAUCUUCUUUGCUAAACUAAACAUGUGUUAUUGUGAAAGACAUUAACCACCAGUUAAAAAAUCAGCUCAAAAACCUAAUUUUUUUUAGCUUCCUUUAAGAAGCUAGAAUUGUUGUGUCCCAAUCACAACAGUCAAACACAUGGAAAAGGGACUUCAAGUCAACAAGGCCACUCCACAGGGUCACUUCACCAUAGAGCUACUCACUCCAAUUUCUAACACAAGUAGUGAGUGAAGAAAACAAAACAGAAGCAAACGUUUGUAUUGUAUUGUAAUUUGCAUGGCUUCAUCUUCAUACUAUUCAGCAACGGGAGUUGGGUUUGGCACCCCACCUAUGGGGCUUGGCACCCCACUUUAUCAAAUACGGAAUUUAAAAUUCCGUAUUCUCCCUAUUGAAUACGGAACUUAAAAUUCCGUACUGUAUUUAAGCAUGCGUGUCACAUUUUCAACCACUCAUUAUAUACUAAAACAGAUACGGAAUUUUAUUUUCCGUAUUGAUACGGAACUUUAAAUUCCGUAUUUAAUAAAGUGGGGUGCAAAGCCUAAGGGGUGGGGCACCAAACUCAAUUCCCUUCAGCAACCCAUUCACGGUUGCUUUAUUUCACAAAGCUCAUAACCUCCCACGUCAACCAAUCCCGUCACGACCAAGCCCUCACCGUCUUCCACCACAUACAUUCCACCCUCACUCUCCCCCUCGACCCUCACGUCUUCUCCCUCGUCCUCAAAUCAUGCACCGCCCUCCGCCGCCCCCUCCUCGGCGCCGCCAUCCACGCCCACGCCGCCAAAUCCUCCUUCCUCUCCAACCCCUUCAUUGCCUCCGCUCUCAUCAACCUCUACGGCCAUUGUCUCUCCCUCACCUCCGCACGCCACCUGUUUGAUGAAAUUCCCCACCGAAAUGACGUCGUCUGGAACGCCAUGAUCUCGCUUUAUGCCCACUCCCCUGAUAACCUCCCAACUGCGUUAGAGCUCUUCCACCUCAUGGACGUCCCGCCGAACGAGUCCACAUUCAACCCAAUCAUAGCCGCGUUGGCAGCCCAGAACGACGGGUCGUUUAAAGCCAUUGCUUAGUACCGGAAGAUGCUUGAGCUAGAACUCAGGCCGCGUUUGAUAACGCUGCUUGCUUUGCUCCCUGCUUGUGUUAACGUCGCGGCGCUGAAUUUGAUUAAGGAGAUUCAUGGGUAUGGAAUAAGGAAUGAUAUCGACCCGCAUCCCCAAUUGGGUAGUGGACUAAUUGAGGCUUAUGGAAGAUGUGGUUGCCUUGUGAAUUCGUGUAACGUGUUUUCGAAAAUGAGGGAUAUGGAUAAGGAUGUGGUUGCGUGGAGUAGUCUGAUAUCUGCGUAUGCGCUUCACGGGGAGGCUAAAGCCGCGUUGGAGACGUUCAAGGAAAUGGAAAUGGCGGGAGUGAAGCCUGAUGGGAUCACUUUCCUCGGGGUGUUGAAGGCUUGCAGCCAUGCCGGGUUUGCGGAUGAUGCAUUGUGUUAUUUUACGAGAAUGCAGAGGGAUUAUGGUGUGGAGGCGAGUAGCGAUCAUUACUCGUGCUUGGUGGAUGUGUUGAGUAGGGCUGGGAGGUUGCAUGAGGCGUACGAGGUGAUAAGAGGGAUGCCGGUGAAAGUGACCGCCAAGGCGUGGGGCGCGCUUCUUGGGGCUUGUAGGAAUUUUGGGGAGUUGGGAUUGGCUGAGAUUGCAGGGAAAGCUUUGGCCGAGGUUGAGCCUGAGAAUGCUGCAAAUUAUGUUCUGUUGGCAAAGAUGUAUGCUAGUGUUGGGAGACAGGAGGAGGCAGAGAGAUUGAGGAGGGAAAUGAGAGAGCGGGGAGUGAAGUCAACAACUGGUAGUAGCUGGGUUGUGUAUUCAGAGUCAUGAAGUGUAAUGGGCGUUUGGAUUUACUAACUUCAGGGUCUAAGGUGCAUUUUCUCAGAAGCUGUGACUGAAAAGCUACGAGAUAAGCUUUCACUUAGAAGUGAUUCUGUAGAAAUGAUUCUUUGGCAUUUCAUUGUGGAGCUAACGAUACCAUUCACCUCAUGUUAGCAUACCAAAAAUAAUGUUCUUGGAAACAGGAAGGAUGAAGUUCACAUAGGCAGGGUAUGAAUAGGCUCCAACACUUGUUGUCAAGGUGCUUUUAUGGACAUGAAUCCUCUGAUUUUGGCUCCAAGGUUUUGAAUGGAGACUGGGAGCUCAAUUUGCAUAUAAAAGCUAUUAGUUAAUUCCAUAUACCUCUAAAAUCAGAAAGUUGUGACAGCACUUGUGAUUUCAGACUGCAAUUUGAAAACCUUUCUGAGAGCCUGACAUGACUUUGUUGUUUGAAGAUGGAGAUUAACACCCCCUAUACAAGAGGCCUCGCGAGAACAUGGUCCCCCAUUCUUGCAAUGAGUGAGAGUUCAACUCCGCGCUGAUGAUCCACAGAUACUAGAUCGUGAUCUUGUAAAUUCGUUAUAAGCUGAUUUUAUGGUUGAAGAUAUUGGUUGGGCAAUUAUUUAA